AUGGCCAAAAAGCAGCGCAAAAGGUCUGGCAGACCCAAUCAGCAGGGCCAAAACUCGACUGUCCGCGGCCCAGGUCAAUUCCAAGCACAAUCGAGCAACACGUACGCAAACUUGGACGGCGGUCCUGCAGAUGGUGGCGAAUACAACGCUCACUUGACCGAACGAUUCGGCAAUACAGUGCCGCGCAACGCGCAGGUCCCACACGAUGACAUCCCCGAGUCUGUUCCUACACGAAUCAACAAUGAUAUCCGCAAGUACUACGAGGCCGCCAACAGACCUGUCGCAGGAGCCGGCGCCUGGCUCGACAGGCCCGAGAUUCCACAUCCGUCGGAGAUUUUGCGAGACGAGCCCGCCUUCACCGCCAAAGAAGCACUCAUCCAGACACAAGACGAGCCUCGGCCAAAGAAGAUAGAGGGUGCCUAUGACAACAUCGAAGAUUACCUACGCACCGAGUACGAGCUCAUGCGUGAAGACGCCCUGCGACCACUGCGCGAGGCCGUAGCGGAGGUUCGCAAAGAUGCAUGGAAAGAUGAGGCGCAGUACGAAAAAGACGUGUGCAUAUACGACCCUGUAUAUAUCACUUCGCUGAUUUUUUGCCCUCGAGGGUUGGCAACACGCGUGGCCUUGUCCAUGUCGCGCGUCAAGAAAUUCAUCCGCUGGGAGCAAUCCAAGCGUCUCAUUACAGGCACGCUGGUGGCUUUGUCGCCGUUUGGCGACGCUUUCCAAAACACUUGCAUUCUGGCAACAGUAGCUGCUCGACCCAUGUCAGCGUUGCAAUCAAAUCCUCCUGAGAUCGACCUGUUCUUUCCGCACUAUCACCAGCAGAUUGACCCUAUGCAAAAAUGGAUUAUGGUCGAGUGCCGCGGCAGUUUUUUCGAAGCCAGCAGACAUACGCUUAUGGCUCUCCAGCACAUGAUGAGAGAGCCAUUUCCGCUCUCUGAACAUCUCGUGGGCGUGAAGAAGGAUGUAGAGCCCCCUGCGUACAUCCAAAAUAACCCUUACGUCGAUCUCAGCUCUCUGGUCAGCAUGGAGGAGGCGUCGAAUUUCGAGAAUGUUGAUGUGCUAGAAGAAUGGCCCCCGAACAACACAACUUCCCUAGACAUGUCGCAAUCACGGGCACUGAAACGCAUGCUUACUAGCAAAGUUGCUAUUGUACAAGGGCCACCCGGUACCGGCAAGACGUUUGUGUCUGUCAAGAAUUUGCAGAUCCUACGCGACAACCUUCGCAAGGACGAUGCGCCAAUCAUCGUCACUGCACAAACGAACCACGCUGUCGACCAGAUCUUGAGACACACCCAGUCCUUCGAGCCGAACUACAUCCGACUGGGUGGUCGCAGCAAAGAUCCAGACAUCAAGAAGCGCACCCUGUUCGAGGUCCGUUCUGCCCUACCUCGACGAAAGCGUCCGCACAGCCAGAAAGUUCAAGCUACGAUUGCGAUGCGGAAGGCGACGGUGAAUUGUCAGAAGCUGCUAGCACCACUCGAGUUGGGUAAGGGGGCCCUGGACCAUCGCCUGCUGAAGCGGUUUGGCUUACUCACCAACGACCAAGCCGAAUCACUGGAGAUGGAUGAAACCAUUCUCGGCCCUCCAACGGAUGCAGCGCCUGGCGAAAUGAUGGCACAGUGGCUUGGCAAAGCUCUCACAGACUGUCGCCGUCCAUCUGGACCGGAGGAAUUUGGUUGGGAGUGGGAAGAGGAAGAUUUGGAGAUCGAGCAGCUGCAGGAGCUUGAAGCGGAGGCUGCUGCUCAAGAUGACGAAGACAUUGAAGCCCUCAAGGGUCAGGUGCUGCUCCUGAGCGACAACUACAGGGGUAAGGCCAGCGGCAUAUUGAAGGAUAUCGACAUUCAAGAAAUUCUCAACACCACGCCAGACCUUACGACGAUCGAAUACACCAGGCGCGGACAUAUUUACAACUACUUGAUGCGUCGGAUGAAGAAGUUGCUGUUGACUGAAGUGCAGGUCAUCGCAAAGACAUACCAUGAUGCUGUCCAGCAGCGUCGUGUUGGAAUGUGGGAGGAAGAUGUCAAUCUUCUCAGCAAACAACGUAUCAUCGGCAUGACUACGACUGGCUUGUCAAAGUACCGCGCUUUGAUAUGUGCUGUUCGUCCGCGUAUUGUGCUUGUCGAAGAGGCCGCCGAGACUAUGGAAGCACCCGUCACCGCAGCUUGCAUCCCCACCCUCGAACAUCUCAUCCUCGUUGGUGAUCACCAGCAACUGAGACCACACACUCAGGUCAAGUCCUUUGAGGAUGCUCCGUACCAUUUGAACCUAUCGCUGUUUGAGCGCUUGGUCAACAACGAGGUUGCCUACGACACGCUCACUCGACAACGACGUAUGAUUCCGGAAAUCCGGCGUCUUCUCUAUCCUAUCUACAGAGAUACCCUGAAGGACCAUGCCAGCGUCAAGGACCCGAGCAAUCGGCCGCCGGUCAAAGGUAUGGGUGGCGUUAACUCCUAUUUUUUCACGCACGAGUGGUCGGAGUCGCGAGACAGCAACUCGUCCUGUCUGAACGAUGCCGAAGCUAGGUUCAUUGUGGGGUUCUUGGACUACUUAAUAUUGAACGGCGAGCUACCAGCGGGUAUCACUGUAUUGACCUUUUACAACGGCCAGCGCAAGCGCAUCCUGCAGCUGCUUCGAUCCCAUCCGAAUCUUCGCACGUACCCAUUGAAAGUCGUCACUGUAGAUUCGUACCAAGGAGAAGAGUAA